AUGUCUUGCUCCAGCGAGUCCUACAGACCCUGGGGGGUGACGUGCCCUCAGCCGAUCGCCGAGAGUUACAACGAGCCUUGUGUGCAGCAAUGCCCUGACUCCAGAGCAGUGAUCUUCCCCCCGCCAGCUGUGGUGACAGUGCCGGGCCCCAUCCUCAGCUCUUUUCCUCAGGAGAGCGUUGUGGGAUCAUCAGGCCCAGCCUGGUUGGGGAGUUCCUUCAGUUCCCGAAGCUCCCAGGGCUCCUUUGGCUUGGGGGGCUAUGGGGUCUAUGGGGGCUCUUUGGGCUACGGGAGCUCACGGAUUUCUGGUGGCUCGUUUGGUUUGGGAGGCUCUGGGGGUUACGGGAGCUCCCUGGGCCUGGGAGGCUCCUCUG